CACGGUUUCUUUGGCUUUGGCGCACAAGAUCAAGCCGAUAGCAUGAAACACUACGGGGAUUUUACCUUUCUCGAGGUGUUAAUAAAAGAAGUAUUCCAAGAAGUGUUUUUGUUUUACAAUAGACAAGUUCGUCAGACACGAAACGACUCUCAUUGUCUACCGGUGUUGCCAGCAGGAACCAUACUGAACGAGCCAGUUACGGAAUUAUUCCACUUAUAACGCAAGUGAACGAUUUAUUUGUGGUGAACCGAUUAAAAAGAUUCGAGUCACUGAAUCGAAAUCCCCACCAUGAGCAGUCAGUGAGAUGUGGGUGGAGCGAGCGCACCAUCAGCCUCCGGACAAGCGAGCAGGGCUCAGCAUCCAAUCAGCGCAAGGCGGAUGUCUUAUAGCUGCUGCGUGCUCUUCACUUUUACUCACUGCAAAGGCGACUGAUCCAGUGAACUAUCAACAAGUAUGGGUUUCCAGACUUGGCAGGAGGGAUGUUAAGUGAAUGGAGCCCUCUUCACAUCCUGCUUCUGCCUUUGGCUUCUAAUUAAAACUUGGCUGUAGAACAUUUUCCUCUCAAAUGUUUAAUUGCCUUUCAGAUGUUGAUGGAGUUGUUUGGAUUUUCUCCAGGACACUUAAAAUGACUUCAAACACCUGAAAAUUAUUAAUCACUACUCCACAUGUGCUCACAGGGCGUUAAUAAGGAAAAACCUCCCGCUGUUGGAAUGACACCGUGACCUGUAAUGUUUAUUCAUUAAUUUUUCAAUAUGACUUGGAUUAACAAUGACUGCCCUUGAACUAUAGAGCAUUCGGAAAGUAAGAAGCUGGACAUGACUUUCCCUGGAGGGGCUCAUGUGUCAAGGAAAGUCUUCAUCCCUCAUGGCUCUCCCCUUAUCUUGAGAUUCGUUUUAGCUGUGAUUUGUUUAAGUGCAAUGGGUUUUGCGUGUCCCAAGAGUUGCCACUGCUCCGAGAGGAACGGCUUGACGGUAGUUCAGUGUUCCUCUCGCAACCUGGAGGAGAUUCCCUCUGACCUUCCUCACGAUACGGUGUCGCUUCUUCUGUCGUCCAAUCACAUCACCAAAAUCCCAAACCAGGCUUUUAAAAACCUUCCCUGGCUCCAAGACCUGGACUUGUCAAGAAACGCCAUCGAAACCGUGGACGCUGGGGCUUUUCAAGGUGUCACGGAGAGCUUGCGGGCGCUCGACCUGUCGCAUAAUCACAUGCAAAGCGUCCCUAAGGAGGCGUUCGCUCGGCUGCAUGCUAAGAUAAGCCUGUCCAACAACCCGUGGCACUGUGAGUGCACCCUUCAGGAGGUGUUGCGUGAACUCAGGCUGGAUCCCGAGACCGUGAACGAGGUGAGCUGUCACACCUCUGUUCAGGAAGAGUACGCCGGCAAACCUGUCAUCCAGGUCUUGGAUUCGGGCAUAAACUUUUGUAACUUCCACCAUAAGACUACUGAUGUGGCCAUGUUCGUCACCAUGUUUGGUUGGUUCACAAUGGUUAUUGCUUAUGUCAUCUAUUACGUACGGCAUAACCAGGAAGAUGCUAGAAGGCAUCUGGAGUACCUCAAGUCCCUGCCAAGUAGCUCCCAAAUUAGUAAGGACUUUGACACAAUCAGCACUGUUCUCUAGCAUCAGUCAAUGCAGUGUAGGAGUGAAUGUGUUUGGCACAUUGAUAAUGGCACAACAGCAAGCCUUAUAUGGGAGAGUGGGGUAAGAUGUGUCAUUAACACAGUUUGUCCUUGAGGAAAGGAGAAACAAGGAAUCAUUGAGAAAGCUGUGUUUGUUUGAACUUAAAAUACAUGUACGAACAUAAAUAAUUUGCUUUGCAAAAACCCAGUUUCAAAGGCUUAUUAAACAAUAUUUAAUUUUGAAAAUAUUUAUUUUAAAGUUUCCCUAUUAUGAAUUUUUGAUAAUGAUCCUUUCAUGCCGUGUGUAAAACAGCUUUAAGUGAAUCAAGACAUGCUGCAAAAUUUUAAAUCUGAAAAUGCACCAUGUAUAAAAUGAUUGUCUCUCAAAAGAAAGAGUUGACUCUGAAUCAUUGAACCGAAUUGUUUUUAAAACGAGUCCCAAACCGUUUCAUAUUGAUGUCAACAUGAAACAUUAGGGAAAACUUGAUUUUCGUCUUCGUCUCAGUGAAAAUACCAAUUCAUUCUUUGCCACUAGGUGUCACUUUUGAAGCAUUAAAAGUUCACAAAUACUGUUUUAAAUUAUGUCUAUCAAAUGACGAAUAAUAAGGUAAAGAAAUAAAUGCAUAUUAUAAGAAAAUGAAAGUGUUUUAUGACCUUGCAUGCCUGUCAACCUGUUGUUUCUCUUCCCAAAACCAAAAUAUUAACCUUUCAUAAUCCAUUAUAGGGGCACUUUAAAUAUUUUUUAAUAAUAGUAUUUUGCACAGAAAUCAAAGCUUACUAAAUGCCAAAUGUGCAUGAAAGGUAUUUUUUUAUUUAUUUGCUCUAACAAUAAAUUAUCUGCUGCAGAAAGUUUGUUUGACAAAACACCACUUUUUUAUAGUUUCAAUAUAGUUUAACUUUUUUUUCUUAUUCAAUAUGCAGCAGCUUAUUGAACUGAAUCCUUUUAAAAUAUUUGGUUAAGUUUGAUCGGUUAUAAAAAUGACAGAUUAGCCACUGACACAUCUUGCCCCACUCUUCCCCUGAGUAUUUGUUUGUGAAUGUUUUUGCGGGCGUUUUUUUUUCGCACAAUGAAAGUGUUGACAAUUGUUCUGUGAUGCAAUUCAGUGUUCCCAUUCACGUACCCUCGGUCGACCUACAUAAGUCUUGCAGUCUCUGCGGUGGCCGCUUUGUGCCUCACGACAGGAAGCUGCAGGAGCUCUGUUUUUUUUUUUUUCUGCAGGUGCUUAUCCCAUUAUUUCUUGAAUUGGUUUUAUUAAUUUGUAUGCUAAUUUAAUGAUGUUUCAGAACAGAGUAUUAAAUGCUGGAUUUAUGGGAUAUUUUUGUUCUUCUUUUAUAGUGCUGACCAAGUAGAGCAAGUACAUAAUCACUGCCAAAAAAAAAGCCCAUCAGUUAAGCUCUGCCUUGAUAACUGGAAACUUGCCCCAUUUUCGGCAGAGUUCUAUUUACUCAAGUGCCUAAUCCUGGUACCUCAGCACCAAUACACUGUGCAUUGGGCAUUAUUUGGUUUGCUAUCUCUAUGUUCUUCUACAAUCACAAGUAAUCUUUUAAUAGUGAGUGUUAAGUAGAAGAGUGUCAUUUUAAAUCUCAAGUGAAAACGUUGGUGUAUUUCUCAGAUUUCUCAGAUUGAUAGGCCAAUUAUGUAUGAUUAGAAUAUUUCAUCAGAUGACAUUCAAAAUGGAUUUUGUCACCCGUAUGUUAGUUUAAAAGGGCUUGCAGGUCAUAUUUCAUGUAGACCAAUGUGUAUUACUGUCCUUAUGUAUCAGUUUUUCAUUGUGACAAGCCUUUCAGCAGUAGUGUGUAUAUCAUAGCAACAUAAGAAAAUAAAAAUGCUAUUAGAAGGA